CUGCAUAUGCUUCAUUUGAUAUUGCAUUUUUCAAUGCUUUAAAAAAGGCAUUAUAUACUUUUUCAAAUAUAAAUAUCAUGGAUGUAGAAGCGUCUAUAGCUGAGCGCUUGCAGAAAUUAAAGCAAUGGCAAAUAGAACAACAAGAAAGAUUAUUGAAGCAACAACGAAUGCAAAGGGAGGUUUUAAGUCACGAACAAGAUCGUAUUUACAAAGUACUUGGUUUGCCAACACACCUUGAUAUUAUUGAAAAUACAGAGGACACAUGUGUUAUGCAGGAGAAUGAGAUGGAUGUAAAAGAAACAAUGCUUGAUAAUGCUUCAAAGCUUCAAUACAGUAUGAAAAAUUCAGAUAGCAUAUUAAAAACAAUUGAUAAAAGAAUAUCAGCAAAUGCUAUUCCAGCAUACAAAGAUUAUAAUCAGGAGCAAAGUGAUGAUUCAUCAGAUUACAUUUCUACAGUUGCUGAUAAAAAUAAAAGUUCUAUGAAAGAUUACAGUUCUGGUGUAUUGUCACAGAAAAAAGAAUUAAGUGAUUCAUUAAUAGAAGGUAUAAAACCACUCUCAUUGAAUGAUGUUUCAAAUAAUUGCAUCUCAAUUGAUGACAUACCUCUUCCUUCAUCGAAAAAAGAUUUUCAAACAAUACUAGAAGAAAAAUUACGGAAAGACUCAGAAAUUGUGUCAAAAGCGCACACAGAUACGAAAAUUAAGACAAAGAAACCAUUUUUAAAGAAAGGUCAAGGACUAUCAAGAUUUAAAAUGUCUGCAAAUUUACGUCCUCCAAUUGCAGUUACGAAAAGGUGUAACACGCCUUUAUCUUCUAAUACACAAUAUAUUGAUAGAAGUAAUAAGUGCAAGAGUUCUGCUGCACGUAGACAUGUAUCUCCAAAAAUUCUGGAUAGUAUUUCUAUUACAAAUGAAAAGCGACAAUUAAGCUUGAAAACUGUUCCAUUACCGAAGAAGAUUUUUAAUAAAUCUAUUAUUUCUACUAACCAAGUCACAUGUAACGUUACUUCUAAUGGAUCAAAACAUUUAUCAGAAACUAAUAUAUCAGACUGUGAUUCAAAAGCAGAGAGAGAAUUAGAGGAGGUAAGAAUAUUUGAACUCUUGGAAGAAAAGGCAGAAAAUUCUAGUUUUUGUUCAACCUCAAGUACAGUACUUGCAUUCCUGCAGCAAUCUACACCAUUUAAAAUAAAGAAUAAAUUAAGUCAAACAAGUGGGAACAGCGUUGUGGCAAGUAAAAAACAGCAAAGUGGAGAAACAAGCGAUAUAAUCGAACCAAUGAUUCAACAAAUUGCACACGCUGGAAAUGUAAAAUCAGAUGUACAGUGUCAAGUUGAGCAGUUUCAUAAACAUUCUCAUACUAACGCCAUUAUCAAUCCCUAUGGGGAUAUCGUAAAUACUGAUAAUAUCCCAGAAAGGACACAGAACUAUUUUAUACCUGCUAAUCAAAUGUUGCAAAGUAAUGAAGCGUACACAGACCAUCCAGAAAAUCACGAUACAUCUAUUACCACAGUAUUGUCGAAUAGUGAUGAAGAGAGAGAUACGAAAAAUGAAUGUAAAUUAACAUAUGAAAGUGAAGUGGAUGUCAGUCAUCAUGUUAGAUUUUCAGAAUAUAAUGAAUAUAGAACUAUAGAUUCAACCGAUGUAUCUGAUAUGGCAAGUAAUUCUUCUUUAAAUGAUUAUCUCGAACAACAGAAUUGGAAUGAUUGUCCCAUUGAUACGUUAGAAUCAUUCAAUGUAAAAAAGAAAUUGCCAUUUAAUUAUGAAGAACAAAUUCAUACUUCCCCUCUGAACAUACAUAUCAGCAAUAAAAAAACGAUUGACACUCCAAGACAAUCGUCUUUGCAGCGAGACAUAAUAGGAUAUAACAAAAAAGAUUCAUAUAAUCAUUUGAGGAAAACUAUACAUAUUCUCGAAAAAGAAAAUGCUUUAAAUUAUAAUGACGAAUCGUCCAACAAAGAUACAUGCUAUGAUAAUGAAUGUACUCCAAUAAUUGAAGAAAUUGUUCAAACAUCUGAUGAAGAGCGAUCUAUUUUGUCAUCAUUAUCGUCAUCAUCAUUAUCAUCGGACACUCGAGAAUUACGUACACAUAAAAGGAAAGAAUAUGUGUUGAAAAGCGAGCCGGAAAAAAUAACGGAAGAGAUAGCGAAAAUAUGUUCAAAUGUGAAAGAGGUUGAAUGUUAUUCUGAGGAACGUGUUAAUCAAAUGAAUACUUCCGAAACAGACCUUUUAAAACAUCGUUUAUUAGAACUUGAAAAAGAAAUAGACAUAUUUCGAAAGGAAAGUUCAGCUUUAUUGUUUCAACGCCGAAAAUUACAACAAGAGGAGAUAAUUCGAUGUAAACAAUAUGCAGAGAAGGAAAAAGAUUUUGAGGAAAAUAGAAGAAGAGUAGAAAAUCAAUUACAAGAGGAGAAAAAGAGAAUAGCGCGUGAGAAGAUAGCAAUGGAAAAUAGAAUUCGUGAUGCUCAGGAGAAGGCAAAGCAAAGUAAAAUGGAAAGACAAAAGGCGCAAAAUCUGCAAGAACAAUUAGAACAAAUGAGAGAUGAAUUGAAUAUCAAAGAAAGCAGAUGGAAUGCUGCUGAAUCAAGGUAUAAAAGCGAGCUUCGUGUGUUACGAGUAGAAAUAUCAAAAUUGAAACAAGAAAUCGGGAAUCUACAAAAUAUUAAAAGAACAAACAUCAGAAAUCUUAGGAGGAACACAGGGCAAGUAAUUACGAAAGCUAUCAAUCAAAUUAACAAACGCGUUGUUGUUACUUCCAAUGAGACUUCAACGAAGAUGGGUCACAAUUCAUCGAAUACUUCAUCAGAUACUUCCACUCCUGACAAUGAUGAUAAAAAUGAAGACAAAACUAGAAAUGAAUCAAUUACGAAAUCAAUUAAAGUAAAUGAUGGUUUUGAACAAAUAACGAAUGAUGUACUUACAAAUAAGGAAAAGUAUAAAGAAGUUGAAAUUGAAUCACAGCCUAAAUGCAAUCAAAAAUUCAUGGAAGAAAACAUUGCGAUAAAAAAGCGAUAUUUAUAUGAAAAUUUACUAAAAGACGCAACAUCGGAUUUAAUAGAAAAUCAAAAUACAUUUCAUACAAACCAGGAUGUAUUGAGUGAUUCCCAGCCAGUAAUUACACAAAUACAUAAUCUGAAUGCAAAAGGCAAUGGUAAAUCCUGUUCUACAAACAAAAACAUUAGACAUACAACAGCCGAUGUUGCAAAUGAUAUAGAGUAUUAUACUAACAAAUCUCGUGAAUUAAAUCAGAAUUCAGCUGAAAAUGACAUAAAAAUAGAAAAAGAAAUAAGGAAAGAUCGAACAUUGUCACUUGAGAAGAAUUUAAGUUCUACACUGCAUCCUUCCGCUUCUCAGAAUCAGAUUGGUAAGACCAGGAUGGACACUGUAGAACAAAUUCAGUUUCCUGAUGGACGCAUAGAAUAUUGGUAUCCAAACGGUAAUGUCAAAAAGAUCUUUCCCGAUCAAGAAGUUACAAAAAUGAUCUAUUACAAUGGAGAUGUUCGUGAAACUGAUAAAAAUAAGAGAAUAAAAUAUUUUUAUGCCACAACUCGAACGUGGCAUACAACCACUUCCGAUGGCUUAGAGAUUUUAGAAUUUCCCGAUGGUCAAGUGGAAAAGCGUAUGACCGAUGGUACUGUCGAAGUGUUAUUUCCAGAUGGAACAGUAGCGCAAACUUUUGUUAACGGUGACAAGGUUUUAAUUUUACCAAAUGGACAAAAAGAAAUUCAUACAAAAACACAUAAGAGACGAGAAUAUCCUGAUGGUACUAUAAAGCUAGUUUAUACGGAUGGUACUCAAGAAACACGUUAUUCUAGUGGAAGAAAACGGUUAAAAGAUAAAGAUGGUAAUCUUUUGAUGGAUUCGUACGAUGUAUAAAUUUUU